AUGCUUGAGAAACUUAAAUUUACUCAAGCAGCUAAAUCAUCCUAUAGUAAUAGUGUUACGUAUGCUACAAAAGUAUUAAUGAUAAUAAUGGUACUUACCUAUAUUAUUGAAAAAACUCAUAGUACAUGUGAUACUUAUACUCCUUAUGCAACUCAUGAUACACAUGAUGUUAGUGCUACACAAAAUACCUGUAUUAUUGUACCACAUACAAUUUACAAUGCAGUUGCUACUUAUACUUUAUAUACUAAUCAAUAA